UGCCUGUUGCUUUCUGAGAUCAGCAUGCACGAGAUGGCAAACAGGAAAGCUGGUGGAAUCUUGUCUUGAAGUGUCACUUUAACUAUGGAUAGGAAAAGUCAAGGAAGAGAGAGAAAACAGGCAGAGACACAGCUAUGAAAAGGAAGAAUUAAGGGCAAAUUGGAUUUGUCUGUAACUGGAAUUGCUGGUACAUAUCUGGGCAGUGCAGUUAGAGGUUAACAAUUCACAAAUUAUGGCAGAUUCGUAUACAAAGGGGAAAAGAGGUCUCGAUGUAUUUAAAGGUGAGCAUGGUCCAAGAGGACCUAUUGGAUUUCCUGGAGUUAAAGGAGAAGCUGGGGAACCAGGUGAAAGAGGCCAGAAAGGUGAGAGGGGAGAUUUGGACACAGGGCUGCCUGGCCCAGAUGGACAUCAAGGUUUCAGAGGAUUCCCUGGAUAUCCUGCUGUGGCCAAAGAUGGCCAGCCAGGCACAGCAGGUCCCCCUGGAUACAGUGGUCCUCCAGGGCCACCCUUCAGGUGUCCCUGGAUUAUGUGAAGCAACAGACUGUGGUGUCUAUGUUCCUAACCAGCUAUCAGAACAGGGAUUAGUAAAGGGGCCAUUUGUUUAACUAUUUAAUAAUGAUGCCAGGAUGUUGAAAAUAUUCUGAUUCCACCCAUUUCCCAUUGGAAUAAAACCAC